AUGAGUGGGUUAGAUUCUAAUAUGACAAAAAUGGGUACAUUAUUAAGUGAUGAGAUGGAAUCUAAAAUAAGUAAAAUGCAGUCUGAUAUUGAUACAAAAAUGAGUGGGUUAGAUUCAAAAAUGAGAAAUAUGAGUGUUGAAAUAGAAUCUAAACUGGAUAAAAAAAAUUCAGAUCUAAGAGAAUUUUCGAAGUUUGACAUGGCAGUGCUUAACAAUAAUGUAAAAAUUGAAAUCAAUCAGGUUAAACAUGAAUGUACACAAUCUAUUGUUAAAGUAAAAAGUGAAUUAACAACACAGAUCGAACAAGUUACUGAUGACCACCAACAGUUUAAAGUGCAUGUUAAAUCAGAGAUAGUCAAGGCUCGUGAACAUAUCCAAGGGGUGGAAAACUAUGGUGAAAUAAAUCACGCAGUAUUAGAAUGUAAAUCGAAAGAAAGUAAAGAUAAGUGUGAAAAACUUGGGGCACAUGUAAUAAAUAAAGUCAAUGGCUUGGAAACCCAUCUUAAACAAUUCAGUAACAGUGUGAAGGAGCAACUGUCUGAGCAUGACUGUCGAAUAACAAAAGUAGAACAGUGUGUUACUAAAAGAAAACUGCUACGAGUCUACGUGAAGGCUGGCGCUCAUAGACAACAUUACCAGUUGAACCCGCUUUCGAAACCAUUUGUAAGAACGGCACCAGUACAACCACCUAGUAUUAAUGUAGUUACUAAGAAAGAAGGGAAGAAUAACUGGGAGCAGCAAGAGGAAAGAGAAUCAACCAAUGUAGAGUUAAGGGAGCACAGUAGUAGUAACACUUGUCAUAAGAACACAUUUGUAGAGGAGAUAAGUACUAAUAAUAAGAUUUUGAAUCAGGAGGUGGAGGUAAAUCUGCACGGUGAAACAGAGGAGGAACUGUCUGACAGUUGUGGAAUCAAUAAUGGAGCAGGGGUCGAAAGGGUGCUUGACAGGUUAUUUGAAGUAAUUGAGAGUAGUGAAGAGGAGGAGGAAAAGGAAGAAGAGGAGGAAAUAUAUAAUGCUGACAACACCUUGUAUAGGGUCGCAGAAACAGAGGAUUUACUAGACGAGGUAGAACCUGCAAAUAAAAGAGAGUAUUUAGGACAGCCUAUAGUAGAGGUAAGCGUUUUUGAUGAAAAUGUAAAUUGUUUGAUUGAUACAGGAUCAGAGGUGUGUGCUGUGUCCCAAAAUUUUGUUAAUGAAAUCCCAGCAAAUAAGCAAGUGGUAAGGAUGCCACAGAUCAUUAUACCAGCAGAAGUCAACGAUAUUUGA